ACCCAUACCCAUGUUAGAGAUUAAAAGUAUAAAGCAUCCUUUUCAGCCCAAAAUGCUAAAACCCCGCUAAAGCCCUCUUUCUGUCAUUUUUCAAAACCCAAAACUUAACCCUAUCAUUGCUCUUCUGUCUUCUCCAAUGGCCACUCGCUGUAGAUCUAUCUCAACACCAACUCUCUCUUUCCUUAAAUCGACAUUCGCCAAACCCGCCGUUAAACCCAGAGCCGCACCUUCUCUUCGCACAGUCACGGACCACUCUUCUGUCAGAAUUCAAAGGUCGAUUCCUCAAUUGGGUGCUCUUCAGUCUCUGCUUCCUCUCUUCACAGCGGUCUCUUCGGCUCGGCUCACCUCGUGCCUCGGAGUCGAUCCGAUGAGCUCGAGGUCGUUGUCUCAGGAACUUGGUCUCAGUGUGCCACGAUAAUUAAAAGAUUGUGAUUGGUGGAUGGAUCCAUGUCAUGCUACUCUUCUUGGGUUGUCCUUUUAUCAUGUCUAUUGAGAAUUACUUUUUUAUGGGAAUAAGGGUGCAUGAAUUCAAUUAUCUGGCAUUCUUGUUGUUAGAAUUCUUGAAAAUUAAUGUGUUGAAUUUUGUAACUUU